CGGAACGGUCUGCACGCUGGGUUAAGGCGGUGCUCCACGGCUCUUGAUGUUACCAUGACACUCGUACACAACUUAUUUAGACCGUAACAUGCCUUUGAGCAGCCGGGUUGUACACAGUUUGGACAGAUGAAAACUCAUACUGCAGGUUGAAAUGAGGGGUUACCUCAAAACUUUAAACUGGGUAUUUAAACUGCAGCCUAAAAGCACUACUAUAGGAAGACACAAAGACUCUGACUUCUGUCUACAGAAUAGUGGGGUGGAUGAAUGUCAUGCCACUAUUGACUGGUGUGAAGCAGACGGCUGCUAUGUUAUCCGUGACUUAAACUCUGCCCACGGGACCUACGUCAAUGACUGCCGGAUACACAAUGCCACUGUGCGUCUCUCUCCGGGAGACCAGCUUCACUUUGGCUACGGAGGAUCAACCUAUGAGCUCUGCAUUGACAGCGAGAAAUCAUUUCCUCUUCUGGCUGCCCAUUCUCCCAUUCCCCAGGCCUGGGUACGAGCUCGGACCACUUCUGUUUCACCCCAUCCUCCCACCAGACCUCGCCCCAUGAGUGCCGGGUCUAAACGGGGUCCAAAUGCACUUGAUCGAAAAACCCAAUCUAGCAGACCAGGAAGCCGGAGUUGUAACACAGGGAGAGCAUGUUAUCUUAGAAGUAAGACUCAACCUAACAAUUCUCAAAGCAUUCACGUCUUCCCAAUGGAGGAGGAGGAGAGGGUGCAUCGGCUAGGAGAUGGACACGUUCAUGUGUCUGUGUGCUUUGAGGAUGAGUCCCAAAGGAAGGAUGAUGCGAUCGUGGCCCUGAAGGAGGAAGUGUCAGCUCUCAAGCUCCAGCUGUCUCAGAAGAAGCAGGGUGAUCCAGAUGUCACAUACAGACUUUGCUGCCUGGAGAGAGACAUCAAAGAGAAGAAAGAUCAGAUACAACAGCUAAAGCAGCAGAUGCUGGAACUUCAGAGAUGUUCUGGAGAGAUGCUGGGACAGGCUGUGACAGAAAGAGAUCAGAAGAUCAGCAGUCUUUUAGAACAGAUGGAUAAACUGAAGAAUGAAAAUAAUUCAUCUGCAGCAUUGGUUAGCAGUUUGAAGAAAGAUGUGUCUGCUCGAGAGAAACAGGCUCUUAAACUAGCAAGUGAGGUGGACAAGCUCAGACAAGACGUGAGACACAAAGAUACCAAGCUCACAAACGUGAUGGACAAGCUGAAAGACACCCAGAAGCAUCAGAAUGAGCUACUUGCCAGACAGAGUGAGGUAGAAUUGCUCAAGAAAGAACAGGCUUCUCUGCUGACAGAGAUAGACAGACUGAAGCAGCUUCAUCAGCAGACACAGCAGAGAGUACAGAAAGUUCAAGCAGAACUCAAACACACACAGUCAAGGUUUGACAGUUUUCGCGACCAGAUCAUCAAGACUGUGCAUGUCUCAGACAAAGAAUCAGACCAAAAGGUGUUGGACUGUUUAACUGAGCUAAUGGAACAGAUGGAGAUGUACAAAACUAAAGUGCAUGACUUUGAAAUGAAACUCAAAGAGGAAGCUCACACACAGAGGAAAAUGUUGGAUGAGACCCAGAAAUUUAGAGCCAGACUGCAAGAAUGUCAGAGACGAGUGCAAGACGUGUGUAUUGCGGACACAGUGCUGAUGGAAAUAUCUGAACUGCAGGACAUGAAUUUGAGUCCUUCACUCAGCUGGGUUCAGGAGCAUUCACUUUCUGUACUGAACCUCCUGCACAGAGUACUGCAGAAUGCUGCUCAGAGCUUACAGACAGCAGGGGUUGAUGUGUCAUUUAAGACUGGAGGAGUAUCAGGUGCCUUACAGAUUUUGUGCCAGGACCACAUGGACGUCCAAUCAGAGCUAAGGAAACUAAAGUCAGAGAUGCAACAGCUUCAGGAGACAGAGAUGCAGAGCAGAGAUCUUCACAGUAGGCUGGAGUUCAUGCAAAAGCAGAUUGAGAUGGAGAAACUUCAGGCAGCCGAGGGACAGAGAGAGAUGAAAAACACACUAAUGCGACAGCUGGAAGAGGUCAUGGCUGAUCUACAGUCAGUGAGACAAACUGAAAGUGCCUUGCGCAGGGAGAUUGAGACACGCAAGGCUGAGUGGCAAACCAAGAUGGAAGAAGCCAAGAUACGAGAGGCAGAGCUGAAAGAAACGCUGCGCGAAUUACAUCUCAAAGAGGAGGAGAGGAGCGAGAAAAUGAAGCAGUGUGAGGAAAGAGAGGCGAAGGCCCUGCAGAGAGGAGCUGAAGAGGAGAGACAGAAACACAGGGUUGAGGUAGAGGAGUACAGAGAGCAGGUGCGACAACAUGCAUACACCAUUGUUGCCAUGGAGACGCGAAUAAACAAAGCUCAGCAGAGUGAGGAAAUAUGGAAAGAGAUGGAGGAGGAGAGAGACUCACUGAAGGAGCAACUCAAAGAGGCGCUCGGCAGGCUGGAGGGCUUUGAAAGCAACAGCACAUCUUACACAUCAGAAAAACAUCAGGAACCGGAUCAAAAAAUAACAUCCCUCCGGGCAUCUCUAAUCUCAUCCCAACAGGAAGUGGUCAGUCAGAGUGAGAUCAUCAAUGCCCUAGGUCGUGACCUGGCCCAGGCUCAUGCUCGGCUCUCUGAUAUGACAGGAGAACUAAGUGAACAGCAGAAGUUAGAAUUGGAAAGUCAUAAAGCUUUGGUGGUAGACCAGAAGAUUCAAUUGAGCAUGCUCACACAGAAGCUAACCAUGAUGUCACAACUAGUGCAACAGAAAGAUGACGAGACAAAGAAACUGGGAGAAAAACUGAGACAAACUGAAGAGGAUCUCGAAAGUAAAGCAGCAGCAAACAGAGAGAUGGAGAACACAAGCCUUGUUCCACAUCAAACCUCAAGAAACACUAAAGAUGUGGCACUCAUGACAGCUCCAAAUGAUGUCAUCAAUCAGGGGUCAAAACACAAAGGUCAUCGCCGCGAGGAAGCGAUUCUUCAACAGCAGGAAGGUUUGCGUGACAUGAGAGAGCGAAUCAGAGCUCUAGAACAGAAGUGGCCUAGCAAGCGUCUGUCCCAGCAGGGGGAGCCAGAGAAACAGGGUCAGAUGAAGACUCAGAGACUUCAGAGAUCUGCAGCUCGGAGAGGAUCCAUCAGUUCUGUGAGUGGUUUUGCGUUCCCUGAAGCUCUGACCGAGGCAGCACGAGAGCGUACAGCCAGACUGGACAUGUCUGAUGCUCUGGAGCUCAGCGAGAGAACAUACCUGGAGCUAGUGCACGUUCUGCAUGAGGCCCUGGAGCUCAGCGACGUUGAGCUGUCAGGAUGUGCUAGUUUAAAGCACCUACCUCCUGAUGAGAGACAGCACAUAGUCUCUAUGAGACAAACAGACCUGGAGUUUGUGAGAACCCGCCUUGAUCUACAGAACAGACAAAGCCAACAGCAAGAGCUACUGCUGCAGGAGAACCAGAGAGAGAUACACACACUCAGAGAGAGCCAGGUGCUGGAGUACCAGAUGCAGGCCGAGCUUGAGAGUGUGAAGGCAGAACUGGAGACUCAGAGACAAGAGACGGAACAGCUUCGGCAGGCUCUACAGGACAGCAUCAACCAGCUGCAGAGAAACCAGCAGGAACGCAGUAUUGCCAACAGAAAUAAUAGGAGCCUUAGUACGGAGAGAACAGACAGAAAGAGUGGAAGAGUGGGCCAUCACAACUGUAUACCAAAUGAAAGCUAUGAAAAGGCCCCAGCAGUGAAGAAACGGACCUCACAGAUGAGACUGAAAAGGAGAGAGAGUGAGCUAGAUAAUCGAAAGAAAGAAAUAGGGCAGAAACAGCAGAUAUGUUCAAUGGUCUCUGAUUUGGCCAAUCCUCUGCAAGCUCCCGAGAGCUCCCAACUACCCCUGCUCACUGAGGCCCACUGACAUGAACACAACUUAAGAGCAUGUAGUAUUAUGCAACUGUGCUUUUUAAUAUUAAACAAUGUUAUAAUAUUUCCUAA